UGGAGGCCCUUCCAGAGUAGAGCUGGGCCACCCCUCUGGGGAAUGGGGCGGAAGACCCGGAGCGGGAAAGGGAAGGAGCACCUGGGGGGGCGGGGCAGUGGGCUCUGCGCCCCCUCAGGGACAGAACCCCUCGGAGCUCUGCGGGCAUCCAAUCAACACACGCCCCGGUGGAGGGACCCAGGGAAGCUCUGAUUAAGAGGCCAACCCUGCCCUCUUGAAUUUCAAUGGCUUGUGGAGUUUGUUUUGAUUGCUACCUCUCUUACAAAGGUCUUUUCUUUGUCUCUGGGUUGCUUUUAAUGUUUAAAAUCAACACGUGCAUGGGUGAGUCCAUGUUCACGGGAAAUAGUCCGCGGGGCUGUCAUCUUCCCUCCAUCUCCAGAGCGACCUGCAGCAGAGAGCUGGAGAAGGUUCAAGAGAAAGGAGACCACGGUGCUAAAUGCAAGGAUUUUCUGGAAUCUAAGGGAUGCUUUGCCAACACAACAUCCUCUGACCAAAGGGUCAGCCCCUCUUCUUCUGUUGCAACAUGUCUAAAUGUCAGUGAGUCUUCAGGCCCCUGCCGAUCGUCUGCUCACCUAGACCCUGCUGCAGAUUUGGAUCUGAAAUCCUCCUCCUCACAUUUUGAUCACUCCUCUGAAACCUCAUUGCCUGAAGUUGAAGAGGAUAAAUAUCCUGAGGAGUUCAGCCUUCUUAAGUUGCAGACAAAAGAUGGGCAGCGUCCUGAGUGGACAUUUUACCCGAGGUGGAGCAGCAGUAUCCACACCUACCACGUUGGAAAGCAGUGCUUCUUUAACGGGGUCUUCCUCGGAAACAAGAGGUCUCUCUCAGAGAUGACAGUGGACAAGUGCUUUGGGAGGAAGAAACAUGAUAUUGAUCCCAGGAAUGGAAUUCCAAAGUUAACUCCAGGAGAUAAUCCAUAUAUGUAUGCAGAACAGAGUAAGGGCUUCCACAAAGCAGGAUCAACUCUCCCACCUGUGAAUUUUUCGACGGUACCUUAUGAAAAGAAAUUUGAUACGUUUAUUCCACUUGAGCCUCUUCCACAAAUUCCUAACUUGCCUUUCUGGGUGAAGGAGAAGGCGAACAAACUGAAGAAUGAGAUAAAAGAAGUUGAGGAGCUUGACAAGUGGCAGCCAGCGAUGCCCUUGAUAUGCAGUUCAUUCCCUUCUGGUGGGUUAAAGAGCCUUCAAAGAAUAGCAUAAAAACUGGAGGUGAGCCCAGAAAAGCAGGCUUUUGAGAGACUUCUCCAUGGAGAGGAGAGAAGGCAGAGCGUCUCCCAGAGUGGAUGGUGUCCUUUGUCCCAGGUGGUCCCUCCUGCAGAUGUCAUGAGCCGAGUGUGUUGGUUGAAAACGCUUGAUGGAAUACAACCUUUAACUCCGUGACUCUGUCCACAGAUUCUUUGGACUUCCCAAGGCAAUCCUGAGCAGAGACAGGCCCACUGAGCACGCCCUGACUGAACUCCGGAGAGCCUCUUCCAGUUGAUUGCUUCUGUCAUGUGACUGUUCUAAAUCAAAUGUUGGGCUUUGAUGAGGAAUCACUGCUUUGCUUUUUUUUUUUUUAACUUUAUAUUUUCAAAAGUUUCAAACUUACAGGAAAGUUGUGAGAAUUGUACAUGAGCCACUGAUUGUUCAGUCAAUCGAACAAUCUGUCACCUAGAUUCUAUGAUUGUUAAUAUCUGUCCAAAUUUGUGCAAACGCACUCUCAUAUUAUCACUAGUAUUAUUUUGCUGAAUUACUUGAGACUGAGUGGCAGAGAGCAUAACCUUGGACUCCAACAUACCUAUACAUUUCAGUAUGUAUUUCCUAAGGUCCAGGGUAUUCUCCAGCAAUCACAAUACUGAUAUCAAAUUCAGAGCAUUUAACAUUGCAACAGUACUCUAACUAUACAGUUCACAUUCAGUUUUAUUCAAGUAAAUGUAGUUGUCGAAGGAUGUCCUCAAAUCCAUGGUAAGAUACAGACAUUAUGUGAGCUUUCAUUAAUUUUGGUGAAACUAUUCUCAUUGCAUUAAUUCUUUUUGAGAUUUUCUCUGCGAUUCACUUGAUACAUGUCAGAAAAACGUGAAGGCUGGAUCUCCACCAGGCAAUUAAUACCACUAUCCUGUAGCUCCACUCCCUACACACAGCUCAGUGAACACCAGUCAUGAAUCUUAGGUUCUCUCAUCAAAGGCGAGAAGCAAACAUUUGGAAGAAAAGGUGGCAACAAAAGCCAACCCUACACAGUCAGCAGUCAAACCAAUGACUCAACAUGUUCAUAGCCAAUCUCCUUCUCCACUAGGGAGACCCCACUGGUUGGCUAAUGAAGAGUGCAGAUCUGGUUUGCCCAAAACCUUAAAGUGGAAAGAGACAAUUGGGACCCAUGCUGAAACUCCAAGUGUCCAAGACAUGAGACACACUUUCUUUCCCUGUCAAAACAUUGUCUUCCGACGAUUCCAAAGCGAAUGAAGCAGGCUUAAAACAUGGUACGAUCAUGCUUUCUUCAUACGUGGCUUUACACAAACUAGGAGAGCUCAUGUGACCCAACCACUUCUUAGGUUAACAUCAGCAUACCUCUGUGUUAGUUCUCUUGCCUCUGGGGCACAAGGCCCACCCCUCACCCCAACAGAAUCCAGGAAAACUAAAACCAAAUAAUUUAGAAGAGGAAAAAAAGAGGUUGCCAACAGAUUUUCUCAAAUACGUUAACUUCUGAAAAAAAUUCUUCUUUUGUGCUUCUGUUACUUAAAAUAUAAAAAUGUCAACUGCCAUCACCUAUGUGGGUGGAUAAUGGGGAACACAACAUACAUGAAAAAGAAGGUUCUGCAGGAGUUUCCAGAUGGGAUUAUCUAGACGGAACAGGAAAUUGCUCUCAGAAGGCACAUUGGUGUUUGGAAGGAAGGUCUAGUCCUACAUAGUAAAGGUAUUACGAAAAACAACCGAAAUACAGUUUCAGGAGAUUUGUAGUAGUCUUUAUAUUUCAAAGAGGUCUAUAUAAUUCCUUGAUACUGCUCUAAACCCGAAUAGAUAUGAUUUUGAAAAAUUAGUACAUGAUUAAAUUUCUGAAGUUGCAGGGCCACAUUCCAUCCCCUGGAAAUUAGGGCAAUUUUCACUGGAUUUGGUGUUCUCUGUGCGCCCAUCUCAGAUGCCAGGCUUUAUUCAAUGGCACCUCCAACAGCUGACAGGUGAAGAGUUCCAUUACCAACUUUGGGCAGGCCCUAUGUACGCAAGCAUGAGUGUUUUGAGGAGACUGAGGCCAAACAGGAAAAAUAUGUUAGCGUCACAGUUGUUCCAGCCCUUUGUUCUUUCUAGGCACAAAGAGGUUGAACCCAUUAGACGUGAAGAUCCCCUUCACCUUACUUUAGGUUCUUUAGUAAAUAAAAACGUGUGUGCACUGUGUGUGUGUGUGUGUGUGUGUGUGUGUGUGUUUAAUGUCUUACUUUCAAUAACUGAAGUUUGCAGGUUUACCAGAAACAAUCUGUAUAUGACAUUUACAAGUAAAUUAAUUCAUUAGCAUAUCAAGUUACAUUGCACAUAAGGUAUUCUAAUUUCAGAUCCUGGGAAAAUUGAAAAAUAGCCUCUGUGGACUAGAGGGAAAAUUAUGUUAUACAGCUAGUGGCACUGAAGUCCAAAUAAACCUAAUGAAGCGAAUUCAAAUACUG